GCAUGCGCAGUGUCUCCGGCAGGCGCCGCCGUCUCUGUCCCAGCCCUUUCUUUCAGCUGCCACGUCCGGGCGCCGGACGGGACCGGGCCGGAGCCAGCGGGGCCCAGGUUCAUGGCGGGACAUCUGAACGUUAAUUUGAAGUGAAGCAGGGAACCUGACCUACAAUCCAGCAAAUCUUUAAGACUGACAAGCAGGCCUGUGGGACAUCUGGAGUCCACCAUGAAUGGACAACUGGACCUAAGUGGGAAGCUGAUUAUCAAAGCUCAGCUGGGGGAGGAUAUCAGGAGAAUUCCUAUUCAUAAUGAAGACAUCACGUAUGAUGAGCUGGUUCUGAUGAUGCAGAGAGUUUUCAGAGGAAAACUUCUGAGCAAUGAUGAAGUCACAAUAAAGUAUAAAGAUGAAGAUGGAGAUCUUAUAACGAUUUUUGAUAGCUCAGAUCUUUCCUUUGCAAUUCAGUGCAGUAGGAUACUUAAACUGACGUUAUUUGUUAACGGGCAGCCAAGACCUCUAGAAUCCAGUCAAGUGAAAUAUCUUCGUCGAGAGCUGAUAGAGCUUCGUAAUAAAGUGAAUCGCUUGCUGGACUGUUUAGAACCACCUGUUGAACCUGGGCUUUCUACCAGCCUGCCUGAAAAUGAUGCUGUGGAUGGUAGGGAAGAAAAACCUGCUGCUACUGACUCUGUCAAGCCAUCUACUCAAGUCAUAGCAGCUAGUAUGUCUGCUUUUGAUCCAUUAAAAAACCAAGAUGAAAUCAGCAAAAAUGUCAUGUCAGCUUUUGGGUUGACAGAGGAGCAGGUGUCAGGACCACCCAGUGCCCCAGUCGAAGAACGUUCAGGGACACCAGAUAGCAUUGCUUCCUCCUCUUCUGCAGCCCAUCCACCUGGUGUUCAGCCACAGCAGCCAUCCUAUGCAGGAACUCAGCCUCAAACUGGUCAAAUGGAAGGCCAGAUGUAUCAGCAAUACCAACAGGGUGGUUAUCCUGCUCAGCAGCCACAGGCUCAGCCUCCGCAGCAGUAUAAUAUGCAGUAUCCAGCGGGCUACAGUCAGCAGACUGGUCCUCAGCCAGCGCAGCAGUUCCAAGGAUACAGCCAACAGGCAUCGCAGGCUCCAGCUCCUGGCUUUCCUGGGCAACCGCAGCAACUGUCUGCUCAAGCUCCUCAACAGUACCAGGCCGGCAGCUACGCAGCACAGAACUAUACUACACAAGCCUCUCAGCCUGCUAAUUACAGUGUGUCCCCUGCCUCUCAACCUGGAAUGGCUCCAAGCCAGCCAGGUGCUUAUCAGCCAAGGCCAGGGUUUACACCACCCCCAGGAACCACCAUGACUCCCCCUCCAAGUGGGCCCAACCCUUAUGCACGCAACCGUCCACCCUUUAGUCAGGGCUAUGCCCAACCAGGACCUGGCUAUCGAUAAAGAAGCUCAGCUGCUGAAUGGCACAGGUACAUACAAGCAGCUGCUAGAUACUAUUCCAUCUUAACAGACUCCAAUACUUUUAAUUGGUACUAAAGUUUCAAAACAGUGAGAAGGCAGAGAGAAAUCUUUAUAUCAGUGUUGCUGUUCAAUAAGUGAAAUAAUUUGCUGGGACAAAAGACCAAAUGAAUCCUUUUUCUGCUUUAAAUUGUAUUGGCUUCCUAGUUUAAUUUGAGGUUUUGGAAACACUACCUAAAUGUUUGUAAAGUGUUUAACAUUCUAGCUUGCCUUGUCUGAAGGAUAUUAAAAUGCUAGUUGGAAAUUUAGCCCACUUACCUGGCUUGUUUUUACUAAUAAUAUAAUGUACUAAAUUAGAUCCAUUCUGGACUUAAAGCUAGAUAUUAUGUAUAAAUUGUAACAUUCACAUUGAAAGCUAAUAAAAAAGAUUGAA